AUGGACGAUACACCGACGCGCACCACCACACUUUGGACGGUGUUGUCAGAGCUAUCGCUAUCGGAAGCCAUUGAAAUGGAUCAAGAAGCUCUCGAUACCAUAAUAGAAAUAAUUUUAAGGUCUUCCAUAUCAGACUUGUUGUCACCAAAGGAAUCACCUCAACAAAACCCGGAACAUGAUGUCGGUAUCGUGGAAAGCCAGUCAAUUUUGCAGGAUCAAAUGAGUGUAUCGGUCAGCAUGGAGGAAGCAUCUCAUUCACCAGAAAAUGGAAUUUCUGAUCUUGGUGCUGAAAAUACCACAUUUCCUGUUCUAAAAGCUCACAAAGCUACAAAGGCUGGAGAAAAGGCGUCUCAAGAGAUCCUUGACUCGUGGAAGGAAAAUGGUUUUUCUAGCCUAAUUAUUGCUGCACCAGACUUGGAUACUUGGACAGUGGUUAGAGACCUCUUACCACUGUUAUCUAACUCUGCCCCAUUUGCUAUUUAUCACCAAUAUCUUCAGCCUCUAGCAACUUGCAUGCACAAUCUGCAGUUUGAGAAAUUGGCCAUUGGAUUGCAAAUAACUGAGCCGUGGCUACGUGAAUACCAGGUACUUCCAUCAAGAACUCACCCUCAUAUGCAAAUGAGUGCUUUUGGAGGUUACAUUCUUAGUGGGACAAAGAUCUGCCGCAGUUGA